UCCCCGGUACCCAGACCAGGCAACCCCGCCUUAUAAAAAUGGCAACUUGGAACCUUAAAUUGAAUCUACUCUAAAACUUUAGUCUGGUGACCAAAUCACAACUGCUAAAAAGAAUCAUUUUUGAAGGUUGAUAGCAAAGAGUUCAUCAAUCAUGCAGACCACAUCAUCUGAAGGAAACACAAGCUCUACUACUUUGAAUGAUAGAAAUAGAUCAUUUCAGAAAGAAGAUAGUGUUCAGUUAUUAUCACAAGGAGCUGAAGAAAUGAAUGAGGAGUUGUAUGAAGCUGCUAAAAGAGGUGAUUCUACUGGUGUCCAGUCUGCACUGUCUCAAGGAGCUAAAGUGAACUAUCAGUAUCCUAAAGAGGAAGUUGAAAGCAUUGUAGCCCGGAGGACGGUGGACGGGAAGAAUGAAUAUUUAGUAAAAUGGAAAUAUCACACAGGGGCAAUGUGGACAAAGCUCCAUAAUUUGCAAUGUUUGGAGGCUAUUCUUAAUUUUGAAUGUUUUGGGGAGAGGUCUAUAGCUAGUAAUGAGCUCAAAGCUUGCAAGGUUACAACUGACAGUCAAGUGUUUAUAGAAUGGAAUAAUCCCAUUAGCAGUCACUUGCUAAAGCUACCAGUAGAUGUUGUAGAGAGGGUUGGUUCGUUACUUGAGGAAGAAGUGUCUAUAAGGGUGGGAAAUUAUGAUGUUAGGCCCAGUGGUCCUCACCCACCUGACCUGCUAGAAUUGCUUUGUGGGUUUAGAGACCUUCGGCAUAUGCAAGGCUGUUUAAAACCAGUCGAAUUAGAAAUGAAGUGCAAUACUACUGAUUCCGAUAUAACAUUCAAAUAUUUUAUUAAGGCACUGCAGCACUUUGCAGUUGAGAAGUGUAUCUAUAAUAACUGCGAAGUUACAUUGUACUCAAAAGUUGAGCCAAUACUCUGGAUGGCCACUAAGGAUAUGCCAGGUGUAAAAGUGGAAUGUGGAUUCAAUGUCAGAGGUACGAAGUACAAAGAGGAUAUCAUUGUGGUCAGAACGAACGUCCGGGGAGAGUACAUUCCUUUUUUUAUUAUUGAAUUAAAGCCUCUAAUUCAUAGCGACAUUAACGGCUGCUCCUUGCCAGAUGUGAAUGAAUGUUUCCUAUAUGGAAAAUAUAUCAUUGAAAAAUAUAAGUUACAUGAAGUUUCCUUGUUGUGUGCCCUUACUGAUGCGCAACACUGGCAUAUUUUUGAUUAUAAUGGUAUCGGGAUACAUAAGUAUUUUCAUUUUUGGAAUGGGAAAGACUACUUUCUAAUGCACGGAUAUCUACGUCAACUGAUCCAGUCUAAAUUUGAUGAGCUUCAGUGAACAUUUUGUCCUCAUUUCUUCUUUCUCUCUCUCUCUCA